GUUUCUAAGCAACUACAUCUCAAAAAUUAAGAGCAAAAAUACAGAAUAAAAAACCCACUAAUUGUCACUUCUUAUGGAUAUGAUUUUAGUAUUUAAAUAUAUUUAUCCACUUUAGCCAUUUUCUUCUUUGUUUCUCACCCUUUUCUUUUUGCCUUUCUUCAAGUUUCACUUGAAACUGUUUUAUAUUUGAGAACAUUGAUUGUUUGAUGGGCAAUACAUGCAGUGGAUCUUUCAAGGGGAAUCAAUUUGAGGGCUACAAAAAAACUUGUUCCAACUCUGAUUAUACCAAUUUGGCUGCAUCCAUUAGCCCCACAAAGACAGCUAACACCAUGAGAAGAGCCAUUGAUCACCAAGCUCAGUAUGUUUUAGGUCAUAAGACCCCUAAUAUCCUUGAGCUUUACACUUUAGGCCGUAAAUUAGGACAGGGACAGUUUGGGGUUACUUACUUAUGUACCGAGAUUUCGACCGGGAUUGAAUAUGCUUGUAAGUCGAUAUCGAAAAGGAAGUUGAUUUGCAAGGAGGAUGUGGAGGAUGUUAGGAGGGAGAUUCAGAUUAUGCACCAUUUGGCUGGUCAUAAGAAUAUCGUGACGAUCAAAGGCGCGUACGAGGAUCCUUUAUUUGUGCAUAUCGUGAUGGAGCUUUGCUCCGGAGGCGAACUGUUUGAUAGAAUUAUCCAGAGAGGGCAUUACACCGAGAGGAAGGCAGCUGAGUUGACUAAGAUCAUUGUUGGUGUUGUUGAGGCUUGCCAUUCACUUGGGGUUAUGCAUAGAGAUUUGAAGCCUGAGAAUUUCCUGUUGGUUAACAAGGAUGAUGAUUUCUCACUCAAGGCCAUCGAUUUUGGGCUCUCGGUGUUCUUUAAACCCGGCGAAGUAUUUAUCGAUGUUGUUGGAAGCCCAUAUUAUGUUGCUCCUGAAGUACUCCUCAAAUGUUAUGGACCAGAAGCAGAUGUAUGGACUGCUGGAGUUAUACUCUAUAUAUUGCUAAGUGGCGUGCCACCGUUUUGGGCAGAAACACAACAAGGAAUAUUUGAUGCUGUGUUGAAAGGAUAUUUUGACUUCGACUCCGACCCGUGGCCCCUAAUAUCUGAUAGCGCAAAGGAUCUAAUCCAGAAGAUGCUAUGCUCUCAACCUUCCGAACGGCUGACUGCUCAUGAAGUAUUAUGUCAUCCUUGGAUUUGUGAAAAUGGGGUUGCCCCGGAUAAGGCACUGGACCCAGCAGUACUUUCUCGCCUCAAACAAUUCUCAGCAAUGAAUAAAUUAAAGAAGAUGGCUUUACGGGUAAUAGCUGAAAGCCUCUCCGAGGAGGAGAUUGCUGGCUUGCGAGAAAUGUUUACGGCUAUGGAUACCGAUAACAGCGGUGCAAUCACAUUUGAUGAACUCAAAGCUGGUUUGCGAAGUUAUGGUUCCACCUUGAAGGAUACAGAGAUACGGGACCUUAUGGAUGCAGCUGAUGUCGACAAUAGCGGGACCAUCGAUUAUGGUGAAUUUAUAGCUGCAACCGUUCACCUUAAUAAACUAGAACGCGAGGAACAUCUCGUUGCAGCAUUCCGAUAUUUUGAUAAGGAUAAUAGUGGCUAUAUUACGGUUGAUGAGCUUCAGCAAGCUUGUACUGAGCAUAACAUGACCGAUGUUUUACUUGAGGAUAUAAUCCGAGAAGUCGAUCAAGAUAAUGACGGAAGAAUCGACUAUGGUGAAUUUGUUGCCAUGAUGCAAAAAGGCAAUGCAGGAGUCGGUAGACGGACCAUGAGAAACAGUUUGAAUAUGAGCAUGAGAGAUGUGCCGGCUGCUCUAUAAUUUCCAGUCACACGCAUCUUGUACAGAUUGUUCAGCAAAGCCGGAAGAUGGAAUAUCCGCAACAAAGCUUUCUGGUUUCGGUUCUUCCUAUGCCACCCCAGAAUGUCACUGAAGAAAUGGUUAUGGAAUGUUGUUUGUUUAGUGGGAUGCUAUUGGUUUAUAAUGCUAUAAGGCUAAAUCAUAAGCUUUUAAAAGACUCUAUGAAUACGUAGUGUUGCAGUUAAAUUACCAGUAGCCUUUUUAGGCAUUUGCAUGCUUUUCUCAAAUCUUCCUUUCCAAGGAAGCAUAGUGUUCCCAUUAGUUGAAAUUAUAUUUUCAUUCAAAUGGAUUUGUACUAUAAAUCGAUUUAUCAUAUUCAAACAUUAAGAUUUUGAAUAUUAAGAUAAUUCUAAUGAUUUUAACAA